GGCCGUUUUGAUCAAUCUUCUACUCUCAACAACCUUGCUAUCGGUCUUCACACUGAUAGAUUCAAACAGCGAGACAUCCCGUCUGAUCUCAAUGAAGCCAUUGAUUGGGCUGCACUGGCACUCCGUCCCCCAGGACGUUCUGAUCGGUCCAUGUCUCUCGAUAACCGUGACAUUGCCAUGAGCCUUCGAGUCAGAUCGGAGCAGCGGGAUAUCCUUUCUGACCUUGAUGAGGCCAUCGAGCUUAAUAAAGCUACACUGGAGCUC